AUGAAACAUUACAACAUACAUAAAAAUGUAGAAAAGAUUAAUAAUGAACAAGAGAAUCCUUGGUAUUUGAUAAUAUAUAAUAAAGUGUAUGAUGUUAAAGAUUUUAUUCCUGGUCAUCCUGGCGGCGCUGUGAUUUUGACUCAUCUUGGGAAGGAUGCACUGGUAAAAAUCAUUUCACACGAAGUAUUGGCAAAUUUUUAUAUUGGCGAUUUGGUAGAGGAAGAUAUCAUUACUAAAAGAGGAGGUAGAGGAGAAAAAGAGAAAGAUUGA